AUGACACUCGAACUCAUUCCGAAUGGUGAUCUCAUUUUUAAAGGUCCUUUCAAUGUUGUUUCAAUAACAACACUUAAAUUAUCUAAUAGUGGAAAUGAACGACUUGCUUAUAAGAUAAAAACAACAGCACCAAAACGUUAUUGUGUUAAACCAAAUAGUGGUUUUCUUGAUGCACAUGCGACUGCAAAUAUUCAAGUUAUGUUGCAACCACAAGCACCAGGUCAACCUGAUGAUCGUUCGAAACAUAAAUUCAUGGUACAAUGGGUUGCUGUACCAGCUAGUUAUACAGAUGACGUAGACAAUUUUUGGAAACAAGAUUUAAAAACUCUUAAUGUACAAGAUUCAAAAUUAAAAUGUAUUUUUGCUGAUGAACAAGCAGCAGUUGUACCUAAUGAUUCACAUCCUGUACCAGAUUUACCAUCAUCACCAGCACGUCCUACUGAAUCAACAAAUGUAAUUGAUAAUCGUACGCAACAGACAACAUCUUCAACAUCAGUUUCAAAUCAACGAUCAUCUCCAAGUAUUUCACGUGCAACAAAUUCUAUUCAAUCACAAAAUCAAGAUCGCCAACAGGAUGUUGAUGUUCCAAAUAUAAAAAAUUUGAAACAAGAAAUUGAUCGUUUGAAAAGUGAAAAUGAAUCUAUAAGAGACAAACUCAAACAACAAGAAGGUGGUGUCCGACAAAGAGCAACAGUUGGGAAUCCCACUGUCGAUCGAUCGAAAUCCAAUCAACAACAAAAUGGUCUUGUUAUGUUUGGUAUUGCUUUAACUGAACAACUUGUUCUCGUGGCUUUUGUUAUCGCAUUAUUAUUUGGCUUUUCACUCGGUUAUUUUUUCUUUUCCUGUAGCAAUUAA